CUGGGCUGUGUGUGUAGGCAGCAGCGCCAGAGGAAGAGGAGCACGAGGAUGCAGCUGCUACCGUGGCCCCAAGAGGGAGCAGGCACUGUUCUGUGGUCGCGGGGGCCAAGAAAUUGGAAUUAAGCCUGGGGGUCCUGUUGUUGAGGUGACCAGGGCAGACGGUCUUGCCAGAAGCUCAGGCCUAGUAUCCGGGGAGAGUUCGGUCCGCUGGGCGAAGGCCUGCCGCCUUUGCUUCUUCCUGGCCCUCCGAGUCGAUGGUGGUGAAGUUGGUGGCCGCCAGAGGCACAAGCACCAGGCUGCUUCUCAUGCACCCAGCGCUUUUCUGGCCCUGCUUGGACAGCUGCGACGCCGCCUCCUCUCGCCGGUGGAUCCCACCCUCAGCGGCGGGGGAGGGGGAAAGUUUUCCCCUCUGCCGGGCUGUGUGGUGCCGGGAGACAAGGAGACCUUAGGAAAGUAGGGGAAGAAUCUAGCAAUUGAGUUUUGUUCUGAUUGUACUGUGCUGAGCUGGGCAAAGAUAUCAUGGCGAAUGCAACGUGACCAAGCAUCUCACAGUCCUGCUGCCGCAUCUUCACUGCCAUGAUGGACUGCAUCCACUCAAAUUAUAUAGCAGAGAACUGACAUGCUGUUGAAAACCACUGAGCCAUGGGUUGAACUAAUGGGGCAAAUAUAGAGACUCACAUCUUAGCAGGGUCUCCCUCUGUUGCCUAUGGGGAGGGAUAUCUCUCCCAGGGCUCAAGGGAACCUCCUGUCAUGGCCUCCUGAAAUAAUGGGACUUGAGAGACUGCCUAACAUCUGAACAUACAGAACCAGAUAAACUCUUGCACCAUUGCUACCCCAACAUUUUACUCUAGAGGAAUGCUCCUGUACAUGGAUUCCAAGCAGGUUAAAAAGAAAAAUAGCUGAUUAAAUCUCUGAGGAGCCAGGGAACGGGAUGACGGCCACAGCUGCAGCAGAGACAUCGAAAAUGGAGAAGAGUGCUUCCAAGGAAGAGAAGCAGCAGCCACGGCAGGAGGCCAGCACAGAGCGAGGCAAUGCUGACCCUGAAGACUGGAUGAGCUCUGAGAGUGACCCUGAACAGCUGGGCUUUAAGAGUGGCCACAACAGCUGCCAACUUGCAGAUACUCCGCAGAAGAAGAAAGAGAUGCCCUCUAAGCCACAUCGCCAGCUCUGUCGGUCACCCUGCCUGGACCGGCCAAGCUUCUCCCAGAGCAGCAUAUUACAGGAUGGGAAGCUAGACCUGGAGAAGGAAUACCAAGCCAAGAUGGACUUUGCUCUAAAGCUGGGCUAUGCAGAAGAACAGAUUCAAUCAGUGCUUAAUAAACUAGGCCCAGAAUCACUUAUUAAUGAUGUAUUGGCAGAGCUUGUCAGACUUGGAAACAAAGGUGACUCAGAAGGGCAAGUCAACGUGAGUCUCGUGUUGCCCCGAGGGGCUAGCUCCAGAGAGAUCGCAAGCCCCGAAUUGUCUCUGGAAGAUGAAAUAGACAAUAGUGAUAACUUGAGACCAAUUGUUAUUGAUGGAAGUAAUGUGGCAAUGAGCCAUGGAAAUAAAGAAGAGUUCUCCUGCAGAGGAAUACAGCUUGCUGUGGAUUGGUUUCUAGACAAAGGCCAUAAAGAUAUCACUGUAUUCGUACCAGCAUGGAGAAAGGAGCAAUCCCGCCCUGAUGCACCAAUUACAGAUCAAGAUAUUCUACGUAAACUGGAGAAGGAAAAGAUUCUCGUCUUCACACCGUCCCGAAGGGUCCAAGGCAGAAGGGUGGUCUGCUAUGACGACCGGUUCAUAGUCAAAUUGGCUUUUGAUUCUGACGGCAUCAUUGUGUCCAAUGAUAACUACCGAGACCUUCAAGUUGAAAAGCCGGAAUGGAAGAAGUUUAUAGAGGAGCGGUUGCUGAUGUAUUCUUUUGUGAAUGAUAAAUUCAUGCCUCCUGAUGACCCUUUAGGACGCCAUGGUCCGAGCCUUGAGAAUUUCUUAAGAAAGAGACCUGUUGUCCCUGAGCAUAAAAAGCAACCAUGUCCUUAUGGCAAAAAAUGCACCUACGGCCACAAGUGCAAAUACUAUCAUCCGGAGCGGGCCAACCAACCCCAGCGUUCGGUGGCUGAUGAGCUCCGCAUCAGUGCCAAACUGUCCACAGUGAAAAUAAUGAGCGAAGACACCCUGGCCAAGUGUGGCGCAGGGAUGUCUACUGCCAAAGGUGAGAUAACCUCAGAGGUCAAACGUGUGGCCUCCAAGCGCCAAUCAGAUCCCAGCAUCCGGUCUGUGGCUGCGGAACCUGAAGAGUGGUUGUCCAUUGCGCGUAAACCCGAGGCCAGUUCUGUCCCUUCACUUGUGACCGCUUUAAGUGUUCCUACAAUCCCUCCCCCCAAAAGCCAUGCAGUGGGUGCACUCAACACCCGUUCAGCCAGCAGCCCAGUGCCAGGGUCCUCCCAUUUCCCCCAUCAAAAGGCCUCUUUGGAGCACAUGGUCAGCAUGCAAUACCCCCCUAUCUUGGUUACCAACAGCCAUGGCACCCCUAUUAACUAUACUGAGCAAUACCCAAAGUUUGAGACUAUGGGGGACCAUGACUACUAUUCAGUAUUAAGCGACUUCUCCAAAGUGAGCAUCAACAGCAUGCAUAAUCAUGAGUACUAUAUGUCUGAAGCAAACCAGGGGGUAUAUGUUCGGAAUCCCAGCCUCUGUACCGACAGUCACAUGAGCCAUACCAGGAAUGACAACUAUUCCUCUUACAACAACUUGUACUUGGCUGUAGCUGAUGCCCAUCCCGAAGGCACUUUGAAGCUGCACCGCUCAGCAUCCCACAACCAUCUUCAGCCGUUUUCCCAUGGUUACCAUGAAGCCUUAGCGAGAGUACAAAGCUAUGGUUCAGAAGAUUCCAAGCAAGCACCACACAAGCAGUCUGUCCCUCACUUAGCUGUGCAUGCCCAGAACUCAGCAACUGGAGCACACUCUAGCUGUCCUGGAGACUACACCAUGUCUCCCAAUCUCCAUCCUGUGGGAGCCUCCCAGUCAGGCCGUGCUCUGGUGAUGACUCGAAUGGAUAGCAUUUCUGACUCCCGCCUCUAUGACAGCAACCCCAUGAGGCAACGGCGACCCCCUCUGUGCAGGGAACAGCAUGCUAGUUGGGACCCAUUGCCCCGUACAGCUGACUCCUAUGGAUACCACUCCUAUCCCUUAGGUAACAGCCUCAUGCAACCAUCUUACGAACCAGUCAUGGUAAGGAGCAUGCCUGAAAAAAUGGAGCAGCUGUGGAGGAAUCCUUGGGUUGGAAUGUGCAAUGAUGCCAGGGAGCAUGUAAUACCAGAGCACCAAUAUCAGACGUACAAGAACCUCUGCAACAUCUUCCCGUCUAACAUUGUUCUUGCAGUGAUGGAGAAGAAUCCGCACACAGCAGAUGCGCAGCAACUGGCAGCCUUGAUUGUUGCCAAACUUCGGGCUGCACGUUGACAUGACACAAAGGACUUAUUCCUUUACAUAAAUACGAAUACUAAUAAUACACGAUACUAUAAUUCUAAUAAGUAAUAAUUUGUGUUGUACUUUUAAAAUUACAGAGUGUUUAUAUCAUUUUAGUUCGUAUCAACUCUGUGAGGUAGAUCUUGGUAACAUCUAAUUUUAUAGAGACGGAAACUGAAGCUUGAUGAAGUUAGCAGUAAAUGACCAAGUCAAGACACAACCCGAAGUUUACUGGCCCAAUGUCCCAUGUCCUUUUCCACUGAAGUGUGGAGGUAACGGAGGACAAAACGCAAGAAACCCCAAGGGAUUUCAUUACUGUUGUUUUCUUUUUGAGUUUUUGGAGACAGGGUCUCUCCUUGUAGCACAGGCUUUCCUGGUAGUUGCUAUGUCGACCAGGCUGGCCUUCAACUCACUCUGCCUGCGGAGUGCUAGGACUGAAGGCAUGUGCCACCACACCCAGCUACCAGGGUUUGCUUAGUCACAUAUUCCAUAUUAUAAAGUAUGGAUCAUCUGUCCAAUUUAGAGAGCAAAUACAUGAGGAUCAGAUUGCAUUGUGAAUUAACCUUUUAAGGGUUUAUAAUAGAGAUACUUAAAACUAAAAGUAACCACAGAUUUUAUUGCAUGGGUAUCUGAUCAUUCAAUAUCUUUAGCAAGGUAUAGGGGCCCAUUUGAAACUUCUAAAGAUAUAGAUGAAUCCUCCUCUUAGCAAUUCUACUGCAUGUAUGAAUUUAUAUAUUUGGUUUAAGAUGUGUUUGUAUCUCUGCUAUCAACUUUUUUAUCGUGAUAAUCAGACUGUAAGCUCUAUACAGUCUAUAGUUUACACCUGUAUAGAUCACAAAUACAACUCAAUGAUUUUGUCACAUUUUAUACUUUCAAUUUGAUUCAAAAGUGAAAUCACAUGUCAACAUUUAAACUUUUGCUUUCUUGAGCACCAGAGUAAAGCAGCUGUAUUUCUUUUAUAUAUUUUACUUGACCACAUUUAUUAACCAUUCUUGGCUUUCAAAUCUCUUCACCUUAGCAAAUUAGGGGUCAGGCUGAAGUUUUCUAUAGAGGAGGUACUCUAAGUGCAUAUUCAACACUUAGUAUGUAUGUUUAUUAUACACAAGCGCUAAAGAUCUGGACCAGGACCACGGGCCUUACUACCAGAAUCUAUUUCCCUUAUCCCAGGAGGGAUGGCAUUACAGAGUUGGAACUUCUGACCAAUUCAACAUUAUAGGACAAAGUGUCGUGAAAAAGCGUGCAUAAUCACGUACACCACCCUCUCCUGUUGUCCACUCUUUGAGCAAUAAGAUCAGUCAUUGGUAGAGGAGAAUCCCUUCAGGAAACAAAACCAGGGUAUUUUCUAGGUGGCAAAAGAGCAGCUUCCAAAGGGGAAGUGCUCUGCUAUGCACUUCGAAUCCAUGCAGAGAGGGUGGGCGCACUGGGUGGUAGGUAAUGCUGAGAUGCAGUCAAUAUUAAAGAGGGUUAUGACUUUUGGGUCAGGUAGCACCAUUUGCACAGUUUGAAUCUUAUUCUGGGUAGAAUCAUUUGUAGUGACAUGCCUCUACAAGAGGCAUUCAUUGUUUUGUUUUAAGAUGCAGUGAAUGAGCCCUCCUUUCUGAAUCCAUUGUAUAUUUCAACAUUUUGAACGAUGCCCAGCUCACAAUUUCUGAGGCUGGAACUUACUAACUUCUACAGUCCUUUUUCAUGAGAGUUGAGAAGGCCUGGUCAUGGCCUUUUGUUUCUUCAUGAGAAGGUGUAAUACUGCCUAUACAUGUUUCUUCCUGUGAAACACUUUGAACGUGAGGCUGUAGUCAGGGUUGUUUCUGGUGGUUUGAAUAACGGCUUCCAUGCUGCUUUCCAGCUUUCUCUCUGGGAAAGUUGACGAAUAGUACAUCUUAAACCAUAUUCCCUUAGUCACAACUUCCCAGUUAUGUCCGACCCGCUGGUUGUUCCAUUCCCAGUCUACUGAUAAAGGGAACAGUAUUUUCUACCAGGUAGGUCCAUACAAACCGACAGUUGUCUCUGCAGUGCUCUUUCCCGCCUGAGCAUCAUUUCAUACCUUCAGCUUCUUGGACCUUCUCAAUCUGCCCCUUGAGUAAAUCAGGGUAUUUGACAAUCUCAGAUUAUUCUGAUGCCUUUCUACCAAUUAGAUCCUCUUCCGGCCAAUGACUCUGCAGUGUCCAUGAGCUGCCCAGGUCACAGGGAAGCACAGGACACAUCUCAUUAGCUGCAGUUUAUCUGGAACAUGUUCAUGUUUAAAAUGCUAAAGAAUUGUAAGCUCCUCCCAGCAGGGGAAUUUUUUAAGAUAGCAUAUGUAUUUUUCACUUUCUAAGAAAGGAUUGCCAUUCUUCUCUCCUCGUCAAAUGUGUAUGAACCAAAGCAGCUAAGAGCAAUGCCUCAAAUAACCAGAAAUGACCUUUUGUUGAUACAAAUUGUAUCUCUUUUCUCCUGAUUGUAUAGAAACAAAUAUACAAAACUCAUCUUAAACUAUGUUUAGUACUUAAUUUUCACCAUAUUUGUGGCACUGUGUGUCACAGGAAAGUAGCCCAGGGGUAACGAGGGAGCUUUUAUUUCCAAAGGGCAGUAGUAGUUUAUAGACAAAUACAGUUUUCAAGGCCUCUUUAUUGUUAGAUGCACAACUAUUGUGUGUACAAUCUGCAACAUUGUGAUUCUCCUUAGCCUAUUAAAUUUAACAUGUCCUUAUAAAGGGGAUUUUUAUAAAGGGUCAAUAGUAAUAAACCAUAUGUAAGAAUCUUUAAUGGAGCUGUAUCAUUACGAAUGCAUUAAUCCAGUGUGGUUCUUACGUUACAGAAACAUUUUUUAUAUCAAGAUCUGCACACUUCUUGAUGUUUCCAUUUUGUCUAUGAUUAUAAAAUAGCAAAUAAAGAAGAGCAUUGAGACCUCGUUAGUGCCCUUAAGGGGCUAAGUGUGUGUCCUGUGGGAUACUCACCUCCAAGUACACAGCAGGAGUUAAGGCACAGUGUUCUGUGUGGUUUUUGAGGAGCAGCGGAUUCUGUAAGAGGUGCUUUGUAAUUUGAAUUUCUUCACUGAUUUUCUGACCUCAUAGCAAACCUGUGCCUGUCCAGGCCUUAGACUUUGUAGAUUUUCUGAUUUUCAUUUUCUUGCUGUGACCUUAUUGUUGUUGUUUUCAUUUCCAUCUAAAGGAGAAAGGUGACUCUGGAGGGUAUGGUCAAUUCAGGGCACCCUUUCUAUAAGACAGCUCACAGAAAAAGGAGCCUUUGCAAGGUAACAUGGAACUCCUGAACUCACUUAAGGUACCAGGUGUGGAGGAGAAAAUGACGGACAAUUUAUGGAAAUGGUCUGUAAAACUUUUCUUCUAAGCAAUGAAGCAUACAGCAUGAUUUUACCCCCCCCUUAAUAUCUCAACCUUCUAGUUUCUAAGAGACUACUCCUCUACAAUCCAUUUUUUUCAUUUUGAAAUAACCUUUAUAUAAUAAUUCAACCAUUAAUAUCUAUUAAUCUUUGUUACAGCUUCCUUCUAACAUGGGACAGUUCAUUGUGAAGAGGCUCUCAUUCUAUCUGUGCUCUACGUGUGCAGCUUUGUACAAAUGCCUUUGGAGGGGGGGCGACAAUUUCAAUAGUUUGUUUUGUUCUGUAAACCAGGUUUGGAAUUUGCAGAGGGCAAGUAAUGCCAAGUUGUCCAAAGAGCCCUCCCUGCUCAGGUCUCCUCCUAAUAACCCUUCUCUUCCUCCUCCUAGUUUGCUUCUCUUCGGAUAUGAAACUGAGGAGUGUAUAAUCUUCAAUCGACCAAAAUAGCACCAGUGUUAGUUUUCAUUUGAAACAAAACCAGUGUAUUUCUACAACUUGCUUGUCUAAAGUAGUCAAUGCCUCUGUGAAGACCCAGCAUAUUUGAUAUUUAUUGUAUUAUAGCUAGCUAUACACAUAGGCAGAUUGACUAUUUUUAGUCCUGGUUUGUGUAUCAUUGAGCUAUAGUAAUUUGUUUUAUCCAUUUGUGGGAUUAAACAGUAUUGUUUAAUGGUUGUAAACUUUUUAUAAAACCACUUUGGGUUUCUUAUUUGACCCAAACAUAAUGUAAGUCUCAAUGACAAAAUACAAAGCCAACCUGAGAUGAGUGAAAAUAUAGCCCUUGUCCAGUUUUGUCUGCUCCUAGGAUGCAUGUGCAAUGCUUUCUACAAUAAUCUCACUAGCAUGAAUGUACUUACAACUUCUCCAUGAGGUUCUGUUUCACCUGUAGUUGUGAUGAAAAUGCUGUAUUGUUGACAACAAUGAACUGUAAACCCAUUUAUUGCAUAAACUAUUUGUCUACUAAUCACUAAUGGAUCUUUCUUUAAGCACAUCAGCAACAAAAGUCAAAGUGAAUGCACAAACACUCCAAUUUGUUCCUAUAAUAUUAAACGUAUGACCUUUCAAUCUGCAUG